AUGACGCUGUCAUCCGUCAUAUGGAUUCCUAUUGUGGCGAUAUGGAAGGUCUGCCGAGAACUUGAUGGCAACAUCUUCAAGCGCAUAUAUGUCCUAACUCUACCGACGGAAUUUUGGGGACCGGCUCUACCGAAGCAUCGGAUGCUGGUCACCUACGUGGAUGGCUUUCAGAAUCCAGCAUUUGAGAGCACUACGGAGAACUCAACAUCAUCCAAUCCUGUAGGUGACGUCAUUCCCAAACAGCGUGACGUCAUCAACAGAGACCCAUCCAUGCCUUCUCAAGUGUCUGUACUCGCUGCUGAAAGCUCCGUUUAA